AUGACGUACAGCUCUCGUAUCCGUGCCCUUUGUGCUGCUGUAGCACUUUACACUGCCAGCUCUCCAGCUGAUGCAUGGCUUCCUCCGAUCAUCACCAAGGGCAACAAGCUCUUCGAUUCGACGUCUGGACUUGAAUUCCGAAUGAAGGGAAUGGCCUACUACCCCCGACCUAACAGUGGAGAUUUAGCAGACGUCGGUAAUUACGACUGGGCUGUAGAUGAACACGAAGCAGUGUGGAAGCCUCACCUCAAGGUGAUGAAAGAUUUGGGUGUAAACACAGUUCGUCUGUACUCGAUUGACCCGAGUCUAUCGCACGACGAGUUCAUGUGUGCGUGUUCGGAGGCAGGUAUCUACGUGCUGGUUGGUCUAACUGCCCCCUGCGAGAACUGCUCCAUCUUGGACUACGAACCGCCUAAAUGCUACCCCGAUGACUUGUUCAGUCGAGGUCAAAUGGUCUACAACGCAUUAGCAGUGUACGAUAACACGCUCGGAUUCAGCGUUGGUAACGAAAACAACUUACAAGUCGAAAAUGGCGCCGAUGGAACCACAACCGCUCCCUGCACUGGAUCAGUGCGCCAGGUUUCUAUUGGCCUUGAUAUCGCUGACAUUCCUCCUCGUGGGCAAUGGAUCUCGUACUACGAUUGUCCGGUUGAUGACGAUGAGAACACUCGAGCAGAAUGGAUGGGAUUCAAUCCGUACGUGGAAUGCGAUCCCACCGCCCAUACGGAAUACACGCAAUCUACGGGGCUUAGGAAGUUGAUGGCCGAAUACGCUGAAGUGGGAUACGCUCGUCCUCUGAUGUUCGGUGAGUUUGGGUGCAACAUUGGAGAAAACACCAUCGAUGGCUACGAAAACCAGCGCUCUUUCUACGAUGCAAAGUGGAUGAAUGAGGAAAAGGAAAUGACGGACGAAAUCGUUGGUGGAAACGUGUUUGAGUUCUCCACGGAGAUCGUCAACCUAGUGGACAGCUCAGCUGUGAUUAAGGCUGGGGAUGCCGGUAAAUACGGGGUCGGGUACUUCCAACCGGACAAUUGCGACAACGAAAAGGUUUUGUGUGAGUUUACACCGUAUCCAGAGUACGAAAACCUAAAAGAGGCGUUCACAACCACGAAGGCUUCAGCUGUAGAGCACGAUAGCUACACCCCCCCACGUGACGCCAUCCUGAGUUGUCCGAAGAACAUGUCAAUUGACUUGCCACCAACUCCUCAAGGUGAGCUUAAGAUGAUAUUAAGUGCUACUAUUUGUCGUGGACUAACUCGCUUUGUCACCGUGUGGUAG